AUGGCGUUACCUUCUUCGCACGCUGAGGCGCCAUCCAUUGCUACAUCCAUGCCUAGCCAACGACACCACCCUACGUCUGCAUCAGCAUCUGCGUCUGCUUCUGAUUCUUCUGCUGCUGCUGCUUCUUAUUCUUCUUCUUCUUCUGCUCCCCGCGGCUGCGGCGACGAGGUCACCGCUCCUCCUCCUUCAGAUCAAGCCCCCUGGGAAACCAACAUCAGACCACCCGCGGCCGCGACCACCACCCCAGUCCCAGUCCCAGAUCCAGACAUCGGCGCGCUCCAGCUCCAUCACAUUCACCAACCCACCCCGCAAGCGACUGCAACGGAGACGGCUACCGCUACCGCUGCUACGCCAGCAUUAGCUUCUACGCCUACGGCAACCCUGCCCGAAGCUUCACUUGCCCGUCUUAUAAAGCGGACGGCACCCGAUUUCUCCUCCCUCGACGCGCCUCCCAUGCCUCCUAUUUCUCCUUCGUCGUCAGCUGCACCUUCGGCCAACCCCCCGUCAAAGACAGAUCCACACCCCUCCUCCUCGAAUUCCAAGAUGCUCUUCUCAGACAUGUACAAGUCCCCACGCUCACCGCUGGCCAAGUUCCGCCUGUCCAUGUCACAGCAGCCUCUGGCCUUGGACUUACCCGAGUACGAUCCUGAAUUGCUUAGCAAGGACAAAGAAAAGCAAAAGGCAGCUGUCAAGAAGUACUUGACCGCCAAGAUUCGCAACGAUUGGGAAUUCGUCUGGCCACCAGUCGUAUCCCCGCCCCAAAACGGCGAUGCUGCACCUGAUAUGAGUGCUACACCCGAACAAGAAACCGCCGAGAAACCGCAACAAGAAUCCCCAGAACCAAAGGUCGAAGCUACUGCAACCUCAAAUGAUGAGGCAAUCGACACCAUAGGCAGCGAAGAAGAAGAGGAGGAAGACAGCGACGCCGAAUCCGUGUACAGCACCGUCUCAGAAGACGCGGCGCAUUUCAAGCCUCGCCUAGAAUGGGUGUCUGACCUGUCCGACGAGGACCCUCCCCUGUCUCUCUCUCCAUUCCGCUUCGACAGCCCUGACGCAAUCGGGGCGACGGUGAAGGCAUCUAUAGCAGACAAGCGUGCGCGGAGAAGGCGAGCGCUGCGGGAGGAGAUGGAAUGGAAUGAAGGACUGGCUUGCUUCGAGGCAAGGCGUAAUGCCUGGACAGGCGCAAGGACGGUACGCGUUCGCACCAAGCCCGUCUCUCCUACGCAGACAUUCUCCCCUCUCUCACCACGCCGCCUCUUCUUCCGCUCUUCAUUUUCCCAUCCCCAACCCGCUCCUGCCUCUCCAGCAUCGCCUGCGCACUCUCUGCAGCAGCGAGUGAGUAAUGAAGCCUCGGCCGCUGUAUCAGACGGUUCUGAGCUUUCGAAAGCUCCGUCCAAGGAGCUCACAGCGCAAAAGUCCAAGGAGUCUCAAAAGUCGACGGCAUCUCCCACAUCGACGACAUACCCCGUCGAGACGCUUGUUCCUAUCCCUGCGCCACUUCUGCCGCCAGGUAACCCAAUGCGCGCAUCCAUUACCCCCUCCGUAUACAUCUCCCUAUACGAGAAGGUGAUAGUGCAUGCGCUUACACCUUCAUGUCCCGUCAACUUGUCGGACAUGAUUCGGGCGUGCGUGGUUGGCUGGAAGCGGGAUGGCGAGUGGCCACCGAAGCCCUCAGCCGCCGAGCCCGGUAUUGUAGCCGUAAGACGGCGGAAGAAGUCAGUGGCGGACGGACAGGGCCCGAAUCCCACUCGUAGGAUGAGCUUCGGUUUCUUGGGUAGGGGCGAGAAGGCAGCCGAGGCUCAGGACGACAGCACCGGGAAGGGCAUUAGAAAGAGCCUUCAAAGAGUCCUGGGUCUUGGGCAUCACCAUACUGCCUCGACUGCAUCCGCCAAUGGAGGUAACAAUGGCGCGUAA